AUGCCCGAGAUCAAGCAGUGCGUCGCCUGGAUCACGCCCGAGGGCUGCGGCACCAAUACCCACCUCGACCCCGAGUACUCGUGCAUCGAGCGCGACGUCGCACUCCGUCGAGACGCCACCACCGACCACCCCACCCAGGCCGCCUGCCGCAUCAAGCUGCCUCGCCACACCCACUUUGACGUCUGCUUCUCGUUCCCCGACGACACAAACGGCCGCUCCCUCGCACCCGCGGGCGGCGGACACGACUGGAUCGGCUUCCGCAUCGAGAUCCGCACAAACUGGGACGACGUGCCCCACGCCAGGCCCCUCGUAUGGAAGGCCGGAUGGCUGCUCGGCGGAAACGUCAAAUGCUUCAAUAGAUACCGCCAUCCGCUCUGGAAGCCAGCCAACGUGAGGCAGAUCGAGCUCGCCCUCUACCCGAUGACGAUCAACGACGAAAACGGCAUCGCCACGCCCUACGCAUCCGUGCAGUGGGAGGUCCUCGAGGGCAGCCGCAGGGCAGAGAGCUACGUCCAUCGAAAUCUCCCCCACGGCCUCGAACUCAACGACUACACGCGCACCGGUACGCCUGCCCACAUCUUUCGACCGGGCGGCGUCCAUCGCCUCAUUCCCGUCGCAUCAGAUAAAAAGUUCUUUGUCCGGCGAGACGAGUUCUGGCGAAAGCCCCGCGGCACAGCUGCCAACGGCCGAGGAGAAGAGAGACGCGAGAGACUGGCGGAGGACAGCCCUACGAGGCUGCUCAAGAGGUCUGCGCCGACAGCCAGCCGCAGCGAGGGACGCGCUGUCGCUGAAAAGGACGAGCUACCCCCGCCGAACAAGACGUCGAGGACCGGUUAUACCACGAGAAACUGGCGCCCCAUCUCAUCGAGCACGACCAACGGGCAGUCGCCCAACGAAAAUGGUGGGAAAGAGACUCGGUCCGGCCAGAUCGAGGUGCGAGAGCGAGAGCUCGAGCCGCAGCCAGAGGCAGGGGGAGAGCCAGAGCGAGCAGGAGAGCGAGAGCGAGUGCACGAACGCCCUAGCGACCGCGAUCGCGCAGCUACAGCAACUGGUGACCCCAGCGCGGGUGUGUCCCCCGAGGAUGCAGAGCGGAUCGACAGGCUGCUCGGCGAGCUCAAGGCCCUGUCCGCCACCUUUGAGAAUUCGAACGGCAAGAUGGAGCCGGACAGCACGGACGCACGAGCACCUGCACGCUCGGUCUCGCCCAAGCGACCAGGCGAAGUGCCACCAAGAACCGAAGACCCGCGUCUCAAGAUGGACCGCUUCAAACACCGUGCUGCCGCUGCCUCCCCGACCGUCAGAGAAGUGCCGAUGUCGCAACUGCCGCCUCGCUUGGGCGUGGCGCCGCCGCAGCAGCAGCGGGGGCAAUUGGGCCAGACGCUGCGACCGGAGCAAGCCAGAAAGGUCACGGAGCAGGCCAAGAAGGCCAGUCAGCCCGAACAGGCCAAAGAGCCCAAGUUGCCGGAGCAGACUCAACAGACGGAGCAGGCCAAGCAAGCUCAGAAGAAGCAGAUUCUUGACAAGGGACAGCAGCCGGCCAGGGUACAGCACCCCGACAAGACUCAGCAGCCGGACAAGGCGCAACAGCCACUACAGAUACACACGCAACUGGAACAAGAGGCACAGCGACAGGUCCGGCCGUCGGAACAGAGCCAGGCAAAGCAACAAAAGCAGACUCGGCAGCAGCCGACCGAGCAGUCACCCGUAGAGCUGCCGCAGAAAGAUCAGCCGCACCAAAAGCAGACAUCAGGGCAGCUCGAGAGGGAGACCGAGCAAGCGCCUCAGCACGACCCAGAGGAGCGAUAUCGCCUCCCCGCUUGCUACGACUUCUCAACGGCCGGCUCGCAAGGACAGGGGCACGAGGGACGUCCCGAGGACGUUGCCCACGUCGGUUCCGACGUCGAGGAUGGCGAGAUUGUCCAAGCUGCAGACGACCGUAGGCGCGAGUCGCAGUCGCCCGACUUUGAGCUCGUCCGCGUCGUCCUCGCAACGAAGCCGCCAAAGCCCGUCAAAGUCGAGGAGGGAGACGAACUGGCGAGUCGCGGACCAAGCGAUGUGGGUAGAACGUCUCUGCAGCCGGGUCGAGCGGAAGCAGCGCAAAAGGCUGAAGAGUCGAGCAGGGAGACCAGCUCCUCGUCGGACAGCGGACGCGUCAAAGUGCCGCCGGCGCUGUUCGCCCCGCCCCGGAAGCCGUUCCAGACCGAGACGGUCGCGUCGACAUCGAACAGUGACGGCAGUCCGCCGCCAUUGGUGCCCACCCGUCCCAGGUACCGGCCAGGCGUGCUGUCCAAUGCCGCGCUCGCGCCCGCCGACGGCGACGGCGUCGGCGUCGAUGCUACGACGGCUGCGUCUGGGGCUGCUGCAACAACGAUGGCGGAAGAAGCCGCCGCCGUCGUCAUCAAGAAGGAAGAGGACAGCGAUGCCGAUGAUGAGCUGUCGAGCGGCGACGAUGGCCAAGGACGCGGGCGCUCGCAGGACGAUGAGCAGGACGAACUCGAAGAUGAUUGA